AGCUCUUUCGUCCGCCCCAUGCAAUAAAGGUAAAUCAAAAUCCCAUACAAGUUCUUCUCUGGGGGAGACUCAAAAACAGUUUCAGGCCCAAUUUUAUCUGAUUGUUUCUGCUGACAAAAUUUUCAAUUAGAUAGAAUAAUGUCUUGCAUUUACAGCUCGGUUUCUUCUUUCUCAAUCCCCUCAAAUUCAAACUUCAGUUCCUGGCGUUUGAAUUCCAAGCCCAGUCCCAGCAUAUGCUGCGCCGUUGGAGGGACUGUUGCCGAACCAAAAACCGUCAGUGUCACUGAGCCUUUGUUGCUUAAUGCUGCUCGAGGAAAAGUAGUGGACAGACCACCGGUUUGGCUGAUGAGACAAGCUGGGAGGUACAUGAAGAGCUAUCAAGCUAUAUGCGAGAAGUAUCCAUCUUUCCGUGAAAGAUCAGAAAAUGUCGACCUUGUGGUGGAAAUUUCCCUACAGCCGUGGCAAGUGUUUCGGCCUGAUGGGGUCAUUCUGUUCUCAGACAUUCUUACCCCACUUUCUGGCAUGAAUAUCCCAUUUGACAUAGUAAAAGGAAAAGGCCCAGUCAUAUUUGAUCCUCUGAGCACAGCUGCUGAUGUUGAGAAAGUUAGAGAAUUCAUUCCAGAAGAGUCAGUUCCAUAUGUUGGUGAAGCUUUAACAAUUUUGCGGAAGGAGGUUAACAAUGAAGCAGCAGUGCUUGGAUUUGUUGGAGCCCCUUUCACCCUAGCAUCAUAUGUGGUUGAAGGUGGUUCAUCCAAGCACUUUACAAAAAUCAAAAGGCUAGCUUUCUCACAGCCCAAGAUUCUUCAUGCGCUGCUUCAAAAAUUUGCAACCUCUAUGGCAAAGUAUAUUCGGUAUCAAGCUGACAAGGGAGCUCAAGCUGUUCAGAUCUUUGACUCAUGGGCAACAGAGCUGAGUCCGGUUGACUUUGAGGAGUUUAGUCUGCCUUAUUUAAGACUGAUAGUGGAUUCCGUGAAACAAACUCAUCCAGAACUUCCAUUGAUUUUAUAUGCGAGUGGUUCAGGAGGCUUGCUCGAGAGACUACCUUUGACGGGUGUGGAUGUGAUCAGCUUGGACUGGACUGUUGAUAUGGCUGAAGGUCGAAGGCGCUUAGGCCCUGACGUAGCAGUGCAGGGUAAUGUGGACCCUGGUGUUCUGUUCGGUUCAAAAGAGUUCAUCACCAACCGUAUCAACGAUACUGUAAGGAAAGCUGGAAAAGGUAAACAUAUUUUGAAUCUUGGACACGGCAUAAUCGUAGGAACGCCGGAGGAGAACGUUGCUCAUUUCUUUGAAGUUGCCAAAGGACUUAGAUACUAGAUUCCUAUGUAGAGAUAGUUGAUUUUGAACUGACUUGUAUUGCUAGCCAAGUUAUAGCACCACUAGUCAAUUUUUUUGGCAAGUUGCGGCUCAAGGAUGUAAUAGAGUGGAAUGUAAAACAACAACUAUCUGCGCCAAAACUUUUGAGAGUCUAUCUGUCACCUGCAUAGGUCCUGCAGGCUGUAAGAUGUAAGCUUACUUAUUCCCCGGCGAUGAAGAAUGUGUGGAUACUGACUAGGAACAUUUUGCCGUCUUAAAUACUACUGGAAACAGGAUGAUUUUUACUUC